AUGAGUAAUAUAUCUGUUACAAACUCACCUAUACCUGUUAAUAACUCUACUCCCAAUUUGACUCCUACGCCGGGGACUCUGAAUGAAAAUGAUACUCACAACUCGUUCCAAUCAGUUAUACCAAUUCCUAUCAAUGUAACUAGAUUACAAUCUAAUGGUAUAAUAACAGGAUUAGCUGCAAACCCAAAGUCCCUACAAUACUCCCUCUCUAAUUUGAAUAUCUUUCAGACGCUUCCAAAGGAAACUUCUCGUGGCGUCGACGAUUUAACUAGAAUGAAAAUGGCAAUACUUAGUGGAUUAACAGAAGAAAUUAAGUGGUCAUUAAAGAAAUAUCUAGCUUAUAGCAAUAAAGCACCAUACAUGAUCAAUUUAAAGAAUUUGCCUGAAUUGCUAGACAUCUUCAAAAAGUUCAUUCUCGAUUUGAAGCCAAUUAUCGAAAACCUUAAUAAUCCUAUAAUUAAUAAUAGUUCCAUAAUGGAUGAUCUUCAAAAUGGACUUAACUGUCUAUUAAUCUUGAGAAAUUUAGCUCAAGAUACGGAUUCAAUUCAAAUUCUCGUUAAAGAUAAUGAAAUCAAAGAUUUUCUUUUAUUUGUAUUGACAAAAUACGAAUUAAAUCAUAAACCACAUUCUAAAUGGCAAAUUUAUGAAUCAAAUCGCCUCUACGUUAAUGAAUUAAUCCAUUAUACUAUAGAUUUGAUGGAAGCAAUUUCAACUUAUAUCGCCCCAGCCAAAAAGGAUGAUCCAUAUUUUCAAAAGUUAGUCUCCAUUUUAAAUUUUACAAAAGAUAGAUAUAUGGUCAUUUCACUCUUAAGAUCUCUUUCAAGACUUCUUGUGAGAUCAAAAGCCGAUGAAGAAAGUGCGGCAGACAACUUAGAUGAUAAAACUUUACAAAAAGUUGUUUCCUUCAUUUUAAUCGAAACGGAUGCAGAUUUGAUCACAGCAUCAUUAGAUUUCCUCUACCAGUAUAUCUUACCAGGUAAUCAAAGAAUAAAUAAACUUCUUGAUGAUCAUGAAAGAUUUUCAAUUUUGUCAACAAUGAUUCCAAAAUUAUUAUCAUACAAUGUUAAACUACCAAACUAUUCUGAACUGGCUGGUAAACAAAUUAAAUUAGUUAAGAGAAUUAAAGCUCCACCGCCAGUCAAAGUACCAGAACUAUCAGACCCUCUUUUCCAAGAAUUAUUACAAUUGAAUGAACCAAUGAGAUCGACAGCAUGGUUGAGAUGUUGUUUUGAUCCCAUAAAAGAUGCAGAAUUUACUCAAAUUCAACUAUGGAGAUCUUAUGAGUCAAAGUUCUCUAAGGCAGUACAUGAUUCUGGUAGAAAAUUAUUACCUGCUGUCGAAUUCAUCAAAAAUGUUUCAAAUGCUUUCCAUAACGCUUCAGCUAUGGUCAUCACAGAUCCCGUAUCUGGAAAGAAAAGAUUUGUAAUUAGAGGUAUUCAACCAAGAAAAUCGCCAUUAUCUAUUGAAGACGGUGAAAUUGCUGCAAAAAACCCAUUAACAAAACAACAAAAUAACUUGAAUUCCAAAUUUAUUGAUGAACAGAAUAAAAUGAUUAAACCUGUCAAACAAGAAACUCUACCGAAAUUAGUUUUCCCUACUGAACUAAGCGAAGUGUCAAAGACAACAGCUACUUUUCUUUGUCUAAUCUCAAAUAACUCUAAGGGAAAAGGGCACGAUCUGUGUAAACAAAUCAAGCCAGUCGUAUUGCAUAAAUUAGCUGAUAUUCCACCCUUAAGUUCGGCACUUUCUGAAUAUAUGGAUAAUAUACCAAGUAUAUAA